AUGGAUCCCAAUUACAAAGCCCGGAAAGAGGCCUUCGUCUCGAACCUCUCCGGGAGCAGCAUCCAGGACAUCAAUUCGGUCACACUUGUCGCAGCGACCUCGGUCCUUCUGUGGUCUGCUUUACAAUCGCGUCUAUCCUUCUUCUCACCUUACGGACCCGCCGCGUUAUUGGCCGAUUUCUUGCUCAAUGUAUUAGCCAUUUUAUUCGCGACUACGGCAUACUCCUCCGCGCCACUUCUCUUGAACAUAUUCCUCAUCACUCCGGCCGUCCUCCUUUUCCUUACACAGCCCGCCCAGCGCUCCCCGCAAAAAGCUAAACCACCCCGCAAGAAUACCAAAGAUGCGGCCACCCAAAAUGAAAAAGAAUCGCUGCCUAUUCAUCCUUUCCUGACGACUUACCGAGCGGCAAUGAUGAUUGUUACAUGUGUUGCGAUUCUUGCGGUAGACUUUCGAGUAUUCCCUCGCCGGUUUGGCAAGGUUGAGAACUGGGGUGUCUCUCUGAUGGAUCUAGGUGUGGGUUCAUUCGUCUUCUCUGCCGGUGUGGUGUCUGCGCGUGCGGUGCUCAAAAGUCGAGCCUCUAAAUCGCCCAACCGUACAUUGGUGGCAAGACUGAUCGGCUCUGUGCGACACUCCGUUCCUCUCCUCGUCUUAGGCUUGAUUCGAUUAUGGAGCGUCAAGGGUUUGGAUUAUGCAGAGCAUGUCACGGAGUAUGGUGUACACUGGAACUUUUUCUUCACACUGGGUCUUUUGCCACCAUUUGUCGAGGUGUUUGACACUUUGGCUGUCUUGAUCCCUUCAUAUGAAGCACUAGCCCUUGGCAUUGUGGUACUUUACCAGGUGGCCCUUGAGUCCACUGAUCUGAAAAGCUACAUCCUCAUCUCUCCUCGAGGACCUGACCUAUUUUCCAAGAAUCGAGAAGGUAUCUUCUCGUUUUUGGGAUACCUGGCCAUCUUUAUUGCAGGUCGAGGUGUAGGAACCCGAAUUAUCCCUCGAGGAACAUCAUUAUCCAAAUCACCCCUACAGGCACGAAAGUCCAUUCUCAUUAGCCUUGGCAUUCAAGUGAUGUUCUGGUCAACUCUAUUCUAUUUCAACUCCUACCACGCCUUCGGCUACGGCGCUAGUAUGAUGGUAUCACGACGUCUAGCUAAUAUGCCAUACGUCCUGUGGGUAGCAGCUUUCAACAGUGCUCAAAUCUUUUUGUUCUGCCUCACUGAAAUUGUGUUCUUCCCGAAUGUGCACCGGGUGUCUGCCAACUUACUGACCGGGUUGGUCAACCUGAGCAUUCCAACAUUGGAUGUCAAUACUUCGCAGGCAAUGGCUAUUUUGGUCGUAUAUGCUGCGAUUUUGACUGGUGCUGCAUUGGGGAUGGACAAGUACAACAUUAAGUUGCGUCUAUAA